AUGCAAUGGGUGCAUGCCUCUGAACGCUGCAUGUGAAACGUUGUGUAUACGCUGUGCCUCUGCCGACAGACCUAGGUGCUAGCCCCCCAAGACCCGAGUAACAGCUACCUACAACCGGGCAAACGCCAGGCACGCGAGAUAUCUGGGCAGCCCGGGCACGGUCCAACUGCGCACUACGCCAGCGCCGACCCAGACUCCCGCCCGAGGGCAGCCUCCCACAGACGCAAGUAACGAUGUUCGCCUGCAUGGGCUGCCGCGAGGACGACGCCUUCCUCACCUGCUUCGGCGGGGAGCCGCUCGCGGAGGAGGAGUCCGAGGCGGAGCCCGAGAAGACCCCGCGGCGCAAGAUCAAGCGGCGCGAGAGCAAGCGCCGCGCGGCGCGGCGGCCCGCGGACCCGCCGCCGAAGCCGGCGGAGACCCGGGCCGCGAGCCGCUGGGGCCUGGUGCGACGCAGCGUCGUCAAGGAGCCGAAGCUCGUCGAGGUCGUCGCCGAGGUGACCGCCUACUACGACGUCUCGGAGGCGCGCGACCGGCUCAGGGAGCGCCUCGGCAAGGGCGUCUCGACGGCGCAGACCAAGCGCAUGAUGCUGGACGUGGGCGCGGACCAGCACGGCCGCGUCUCGCCCCGCGACUUCGAGGUCAUGGUCGCGCGCUUCGAGGAGGACCGCCUCGUCAAAAAGUCGCGGCGCAAGUUCUGGCGCCGGCGGGCGAAGAAGCCGCCGAAGGCCCCGAAGGAGCUGUACGCGCCGUCGGCCAUCCACGCCGACGCCAAGGCCCUGGCGAAGCCGCUCCCCAAGGCCGCGGGCUGUGUGGAAAUCAAAAUUUUACGGCGCGUUCGCGCUGAAUCAUCGCGUCGACCUCCACGCCAUCGACGCGACGCCUGCUCGAUGGCGUGGCGAUGCCGGUUCCUCACCGCUCGACCGAGCCAGGACGGCCGCGUCAUCGCCGAGAAAUGACUUAGUGAAGAAUUGUCGGGUGCACCCGUCGCACUGGUUGAUUUCCACACAGGCCGCGGGCUGCGACUGGGACCAGCUGCUCGACGCGCACGGCCGCGACUUCGAGGCGCUGUUCGGCCAGGUCAACGACGCGACGCUGCAGGAGGCGACGUCGGCGGGCAACACCAUCGUCCAUUACUUGGCCCAGAUCGGUGACGUCGAGCGCCUCGCGGUCGUGCUGCGGCGGACCGUCGGGCGGCAGAUCGUGCACAGGCGGAACGCCAGGGGCCACACGGCCCUGGAGUACGCGGCGGCGCGCGGCCACGACGGCGUCGCGCAGACGCUGUCGUGCUACAACCAGGAGCACCUGGCCGACGAGCACGUCGCCGACAAGAUGCUGUCGCACCACGCGACGCGGAGCUACCGCGUCGCGCGGCAGGCGUCGUGCGCCGCGCGGGGCAGCAUGCCGAAGUAGUAGCGCGUAAGUGUUCUUGUGUACGAG